AUGUCUAUCAGCGAAGAAGAUAUGUUAAAUGCUCUUUUCUCACCAAUCAGCCAAGUUGAUAGCAUUGUUUAUAUUGGAAACCGAGCUGGGUCUCAAGAUUUAGAGCUCCUUAAAAGCCACAAUAUCAAAAGAAUACUGCAAAUCCAAAGCAUAGACGCUUCGCCACUAUUUCCUAAUGAUUUUAUAUAUCAUUGCAUAGUACUUGGAGAUUCCCCUUAUAAUGAUUUAAGCCAAGUUAUUCCAGAUGCGCUUGGCUUUAUUGCUGAUGCAAUAUCAACAAAUCAAAGGGUAUAGAAAUUUCUCGAUGAUGGCGCUCAAUGCGCCAUCAUCGGGAACGUCUUUUCUGGGUCCACACUGGAAAAGGGUUCUACGUGUGUAACCCUUUUUAACACGUCGAGAAUCUUCACUUUCACGCGUCAAAAAGGGUUCCACACGUGGAACCCAUUCCCCGUGUGGACCCUUAAAAAACGUUGCCCGAUGAUGGCGCAUUGAGCGCCAUCAUCAGGCAAUCAGUAUAUUUGUGCAUUGUGAUGCUGGAGCGUCACGUAGUGGAAGUAUUAUAGUUGCAUACUUGAUAGGAAAACAUGCAAUUCUAUUUGAAGAAGCAUUAGAGAUCGCUAGAAGCAGAAGGGCAUGCAUUAGUCCAAAUCCUGGAUUUGAACGCCAAUUAAGGCAAUUGAAUCCAAACGCUCUACAUCAGAUAUUUAUUUAG